AUGCGAUUUGCUGCUGCUAUGCAGAGCGUCAUUGGAAAGCCAACAGGGAAGCGCAAACCUGGAAUGACGGCAAGCCCAAGCCAGGCAUUCCAAUAUAACGCUGUACAAGAAUUUGCACCUCCUCCUUUCUCGAUCUCGACGUCUGUCGCCGAAUUAGAAGGACCGGUCGACGAAAGCAUGCCUGCAACGAAGCGUUCACAGUUGUCGCGCGUAACGAUACUCACCAUGCUUUCAAGUUCCACUUUCUUGCUGGUGGUAGUAUUCUUUAUUGCAGUGCUGCGCUUUCAACGUAUUAACGGUGCGUUUAUGGCUUUCCAAGACACGAGUUGA